GUCAAAUUAGAAUAAUAAAAGAAGUCAAGAGGCAAGUAGAUAUCUCCAUCAUAUUUGUUCAAUUCGGUAUUUCAAGUGCCCAUCUAAUUGGGAAAUACUGCACAGAUAAGGAACAUGGAAGAAGAAAUAAGGGAAACUGAGAAGGUUUCAAUUCCCCUCUUGACUCCAUACAAAAUGGGCAAUUUUAAUCUUUCACAAAGGAUAGUUUUGGCCCCUAUGACAAGAGCGAGGUCAUACAAUUUUAUUGCACAACCGCAGGGAAUUCUUUACUAUUCCCAGAGAACAACAAAGGGUGGCUUCUUGAUCAGUGAAGCCUCUGGAAUUUCUGAGACAGCUCAAGGGUAUCCACAUACUCCAGGCAUUUGGACUAAAGAACAGAUAGAAGCUUGGAAGCCAAUUGUAAAAGCAGUUCAUGAGAAAGGGGGUAUAUUCUUCUGCCAACUUUGGCAUGCCGGCAGAGUUUCAAAUUAUAGUUUCCAGCCUAAUGGCGAUCCUCCAAUUUCUUGUACUGACAAAGCCAUUCAAGUUGAGCACCACAUCGAUGGUUCUGGAGGAGCAAAUUUUUCACCCCCACAUCGAUUAACGAUAGAGGAAAUCUCUCAGGUCGUCAGUGAUUUUAGAAUGGCAGCCAAAAAUGCCAUUGAAGCAGGUUUCGAUGGGGUAGAGAUUCAUGGAGCAAAUGGUUACCUGGUCGAUCAAUUCAUGAAAGACCAGGUGAACGACAGAACAGACGAAUAUGGAGGGAGCAUAGAAAAUCGUUGUCGAUUUCCAUUAGAGAUAGUAAGGGCAGUAGCGGAAGAAAUUGGAGCUCACAGAGUUGGAAUUAGGCUCUCACCUUAUGCCAAUUACAACGACAGUGGAGAUUCGAACCCUGAUGCCCUCGCCCUCUACAUGGCCGGGGCAUUGAACAAACACAGCAUACUGUACUGUCAUGUUAUUGAGCCACGAAUGAUCACACAAUUUGACAAGCAGGAAACUAAAAGCUACCUAAUGCCUAUGAGAAAAGCUUUCAGAGGGACUUUUAUUGUUGCAGGAGGAUACAACAGGGAUGAUGGAAAUGAAGUUAUCGGCAGGGGUGGUGCUGAUCUUGUUGCAUUCGGGCGCCUGUUCUUGGCUAACCCAGAUUUGCCAAGAAGAUUUGAGUUUAAUUCGGUACUCAACAAGUAUGAUAGAAAUACCUUUUACACGCAUGAUCCUGUCAUUGGCUACACAGACUAUCCAUUCCUUGAAAACAAAUCCUAGGAAUCUAACUCAUGUCAACAAUUGUCGUUUUGAGCACAUAAUUUUUCACAUACAAGCAAUGCAACUACAUAUAAAUGUUGUUUCUGUAUGCUAAGGAUAUUCCACUUACAAUGCAACAAGUAUAAAUGGCGUUUCUGUAUGCUAAAGAUAUUUUGAUGCCAGGACAAGGAGGCAAGAUUGUAAGGAAAGACAAAUUAAUGAGUUGCUUCCCCCCUUUUCUGUUCCUGUAAGUUUAAUCCUUUAUUAUGCGUCUGGAAAGGAGGUCUGAACAGCACAAUACAGUCUUAAAGAAGAAAAGUUCAAAUCUUGUCCAUUUUACUGUCAUGUACUAACCAGUACUAUGUCCAAACAUGGUCAUGUCUUAACAGUACCAUGUCCCAAACAUUUCCACUAGAAUAAAGAAAAUUUCAACAAGCA